AUGGCAACGCAAUUAACUGCUUCCCAAAGCGAGAAGUUGAAUAGGCUCACAUACCAGAGAAACGCUGUUUCAAAUAGUUUAAAGGAAUCUUAUGCUGUAGCUUUAAGUGCAAAAACAGAUGAAAAUUUAAUUUGUGAAGUUAAGGCUAGGUAUGAUGACACUGUUAACGAUUUUCAAACUUUUCGGGAGUUACAUAAUUCGAUAAUUGGUAUGACGGCGAGUUUAGGCGAUGAAGAAUUUCAAAGGCAGGAUGAGUUGAGGGCAGGCAGUUCGGUCAAUGCUAUGGCUUUUCAACCUGCUCAUAAAAGCAUAAAGUUGGAACCAUUAAGUCUAAAGGCCUUUACUGGUGACUUUAAAGAAUGGAGAACAUUUUUUGAUAUGUUUAAUAGUUGUGUGCAUAAUGACUUGGAGCUUUCUGUUAUUGACAAAUUUAGAUAUUUGCUAAAAUAUUUAGAUGGUGAACCCUUGGCUUUAGCUCGCUCUUUGCCUCUCACUGAAGAUAACUAUGCCAUUGCUUAUAAUGCUUUAAUAAAAAAAUAUGAAAAUCACAGUUCUGCUCAUAAUGUUAAAGAUUGUACUACCUCACAGGGUUGUAAUAGUUGUGGAAAUCGCCAUAACACUUUAUUGCAUUUUGCAAAAACUCACAGUACCCAAGUUAAUCCAUCUCCAGCUGAAGAAGUUCAGAAUAUGGGUGUCACAAAUUUAGUUGAUCAUAUUCCAGUAGGUACAACAUUAGUGGAAUCUACAGCCUCUAUACCUAUUCUUCCUACAGCCAUUGUGGAGUUAAAGGAUUCCAAGGGUAUUUUUUUACCUGUUAGAGCCCUUAUAGAUUCUGGGGCUGCUGCGUGUUUUAUUUCGAACGAAUGUCUUCUUCGUCUCGGUUUGUCGUAUCAAAAAUACCAAAUAGACAUUUCGGGAAUCGGAAAUACUGCUCGCACUACCUCAAAGGGUAUUACAGAGUGUAUAAUUAAACCUCAUUUUUCACCGGAGCCCAAGUUUUCGAUGAAGGUGCUUGUAUUGCCAGAAAUUUGCUCGCAGUUGCCUCAUAGAAUGGUAAACACAGAGCACAUAAAAAACUUGGACACCUUUGAACUUGCGGAUGCUCAGUUUUGGAGACCAGGUCGUAUAGAUCUUCUUAUUGGAGCCGAGAUGUUUCCCUUUAUUGUUAAAUCUUGUAAGCCCAUGGAUUCCAUUGAUCAUCCCUUGUUUUUGGAAACUGUUUUUGGUUGGGUAAUCAUGGGUAAUGGAAAACCUUUGGAAAAUUCUUCUAAUUCGUCAAGGUUAUGUUUGACAGCUAAUUGUUUGACAUUAGAAUCAUUAGAUGAACAUUUAAAAAGGCUUUGGGAAUUAGACAACAUCCCUCUUAAGAAAAUUGAAUCCCCAGAGGCAACAUUUUGUGAGGAAUUUUACUCGAACACAUAUGCUAGAGACCCAGCUUCUAAUAAGUAUGUUGUUGCUUUGCCCUUCCGUAUUAAAGACCAUAUAUUUGGUGAAUCCAGACAUUUAGCCCUUCGUCGACUCUAUUCUCUCGAAAACAGGAUCUACAAGGAUUCUUCAUUGUUGCAAGGUUAUAAGUGUUUUAUGCAAGAAUAUUUGGAUUCAGGUUAUAUGUCUUUAAUUUCAUCAAACCAGCAUAAUAGCAAUACUUAUUACAUACCGCACCAUUGCGUAAUAAAGGAAGAAUCUGUUUCAACCAAAUUGCGAGUGGUCUUUGAUGCUAGCAUGAAGUCCUCUGCUGGAAUUUCUUUGAACGACACUCUUUAUGCCGGUCCAAAGCUUCAUUCUGAUAUUGCCACUGUACUCCUUCAUUUUAGAUUAAAUAAAUUUUGUCUGAUUGCAGAUAUCAGAAAAAUGUUUUUGCAAAUUUUAGUCAGGAAGGGCGAUAGGCGUUUUCAGAGAAUCCUUUGGAGAUUUAAUCGAGAGGAUUUCGUACAGGAAUACGAGUUAAAUACUGUGGUAUUUGGUGUUACUUCUUCACCAUACUUAGCCAAUAGGACUAUACAGCAGUUAGCCAUGGAUGAAAAGGAAUCUUUUCCAAUAGCCUCGGAAAUUCUUUUAAAAAACAUUUUUGUGGACGACAUUUUGUCGGGUUGCCAGACUCUGGAUAUGGCAAUUAAAAUUAAGGGUGAACUUACAAAUUUGCUUAAAAGAGGAGGGUUUGACUUAAGGAAAUGGGCAAGUAAUUGUCCUGAUAUUCUGUCAGGCACUCCAAUAGAACACCAACAGCCUAUUUCAUUCGAUACUGAAGAGCCCUCUUGCCUAAAGGUUUUGGGUUUACAGUGGCAACCUAGUUUGGAUAAUUUUGUUUACCAAAUUCGCGAGACAUCUGGUGACGUUUGUACAAAGCGUUCAAUUCUGUCUAGUUUGGCUCGGAUUUUCGAUCCUUUGAGCAUGAUUUCUCCGCUCACUAUGUAUGCCAAAAUUUUAAUACAGGAUUUAUGGAAAUUAGGUAUGGAUUGGAAUGAAAAUUCGCCCCCUGAUAUUACUCGCAGGUGGAAAAGGUUUCAAUCAGAACUAGGGCUGCUUUCGUCUAUUAAAAUUCCUAGACAUAUUCCUGUAAUAGAGGCAGAAUCCGAGGUGCACGCCCUUUGUGACGCGAGUGAGAAGGGCUAUGCGGGUGUUAUUUAUUUUCGUGUUUUGGUGGAAGAAGAAUGUCAGGUAUUCUUUGUGAUUGGCAAAUCUAAGGUUGCUCCUUUGAAAAAAAUUACAUUACCUCGACUUGAACUUUGCGCGGCUGUAUUGCUAUCUAACUUGUUGGAAUUUGUCAUAGGGGCGUUAGGAGACAAACUUUUAAUUUCCAAUAUUUAUGCUUGGUCCGAUUCUAAAGUGACUUUGUCGUGGAUCAAAUCUUCGGCUCAUCGUUGGCACACCUUUGUGAGUAAUCGAGUAAGCCACAUCCAAGAAAGAGUCUCCCCUGAAAAAUGGCGUUAUGUUCCCACUGGCGAAAAUCCAGCUGAUUGUGCAAGCAGAGGUCUCUGCCCUGCCGAUUUAACAGGUUAUUCUGCAUGGUUUAACGGGCCUUUAUUUCUUCGUUUGUCUUCUGAGCAUUGGCCCAUUAAUAAUCAUUUUACUGUCAAUAAUGCCGAGGAAUAUCUGCAGGAAGAGAAAAGAGUUGUCUUGACGUCCUUAAAACUUUUGGAAAGGGAUGGGUUGUUGUAUAAAUAUUCUUCCUUACAAAAGAUUUUGCGUGUCUUAGGGUAUUGUUAUAGAUGGGUAAAGACUUUUCGCAGGACCAAGAAUAAGGAACCUCACGUAAUCGGUAAAUUUUGUGAAAAUGAUUUGCAGGAAGCCCUAAUGUGUCUUGUAAAACAGGUGCAAGAAGAAGUGUUUUCCGAGGUGAUAUCCAACCUUCGUAAAGGAAAUCCUAUUUCGAAAGGAUUGAGACAAUUAAACCCUUUUUUAGACGAACAUGGAUUUCUUAGGGUCGGCGGUCGUCUCACAAACUCGACCUUGUCGUAUGAUAAAAAAUUCCCUCUUUUAUUGCCCCAAAGACACAGGCUAACCGAAUUAUUAAUAGUAGAUAUUCACGAAAAACAUUUACAUCCUGGCUUGCGAACAUUACACUCCUUUAUAGUGCAGCAGUUUUGGAUAUUGUCCGCAAAAAGAGCAAUAAAUCGAUGUCUAUCUUAG